AUCUUAGUUUGUAACUUUACGUUUUAACUUCUUGUUCUUUACUCUUGACGUCUGUUGAAACUGAGUUAUUAUUUUUAAAUAUUCUAAUGUAUGGUCUGUUAUUAAAAUAUAUUAUUUAGAAUAAAUUUACCUUUUCAUUCCAAUAUGCAACUCAGUGAUAUAAAUCUUAUAAACAACCAAUAACUUAUAUCGUAAUUGCAACAAUUAUAUUAUGUCUGGGUCAAGAAGGUACGGAGGAGCUGGCUCCUCUUAUUCAUCAUACGGUCCUCCGGUUCCUGAUCGUUGGCUUAGAUGUCCUCGUAAAUCAUUUACGCCAGUUACAGAUAAGUUUCUGGCAUUGAAAACACCUUUAGACAGCAAAUAUGAUGAGAAAGUACCUAUUCAAUAUAGAUUCAAUAUAGAAAUGUUGUUUUUAUCACUAUCUAAUAUGAAGAUAAAUUUAGGUUUAUGGAUUGAUUUGACUAAAACUAGUCGUUUUUAUGAUAAGUCUGAAAUUGAAAAGAUGGAGUGUACUUAUGUUAAGAUUCCUUGUGCUGGCCACGAACAACCUCCAACACGUGAACAAGCACAGUUAUUUGUAGAUAUUUGUUCAAAGUUUAUUUCAAAAAAUCCUUUAAAAAGUAUUGGUGUGCAUUGUACACAUGGAUUUAAUAGAACUGGUUUCAUGAUAGCUACUUAUUUAAUUGAAGUAUUAGAUUUUGAUGUCACUAGUGCUUUAGCUCAAUUUGCUGCUGCUCGACCUCCGGGUAUAUAUAAGCAAGAUUACAUUGUUGAACUAUUUCAACGUUACUCAGACGAAGAACCUAUAUUAGCUCCAGAAUUACCUGAUUGGUGUAUAGAAACUGAAGAAGAAAUUCAUCAAUCAAAAAAUGAAUCUACAUCAAGAUAUAAACGUGAUAACCAAGAUUCAAAUGAUAGAAAAGACCAUGAAAAUUAUAACAAACGAGGUCGACGUGGUGAAAUUAAUAAUAAAAAUCCAGUAUUUAUGGAAGGUGUUUCUGGUGUUACUGCAAUCCUUGAUCAACCUAAAUUGAGUACUAUCCAGAGAAAAGUUCAAGAUCUCUGUAAUUGGAAAAAAUCUGGAUUUCCGGGUUCUCAACCAGUUUCCAUGGAUAUUAAUAACAUGAAGUUACUGCAUACAAAACCAUAUCGAGUAACAUGGAAAGCCGAUGGCACUAGGUAUAUGAUGUUUAUUCAAGCAGAAAAUGAAGUAUAUUUUAUCGAUAGAGACAAUAGUGUGUUUGAAGUAGUUGACCUUAAAUUUUUUCACCGUAAAAAUCUUGAUCAUCAUUUAAAAGAUACUUUGCUGGACGGAGAAAUGAUUAUAGACAAAGUCGACAAUCAAAAUUUUCCACGAUAUUUAGUAUAUGAUGUGGUUGCAUUCGAAGGCUAUGAUAUAGGUAAUCAGCCAUUUUGGCCAAACAGGCUAAAGUUGAUUGAAAUUGAUAUAAUUAAGCCGAGACACCAAGCAAUUGUAAGUGGACGAUUAGACAAAACUCGGGAACCAUUUAGUAUUAGAUUAAAACAAUUCUACGAUAUCACUGCUUCUGAUAAGUUACUUGGAAAUUUCAGCAAAAAUUUAUCACAUGAACCUGAUGGUCUAAUAUUUCAACCAUCGUCUGAUCCUUAUGUUGCCGGUACCUGCCCAGAAGUACUAAAAUGGAAACCUUUGGAGUUAAAUUCUGUCGAUUUCAAGCUUAAAAUUGUCACUGAAGGAGGAACUGGCAUGUUAGAAUCGAAAGUUGGAUAUUUGUAUGUGGGUGGCAAACACGAGCCAUUCGCUAGAAUAAAGUAUAAUAAGGAAUUGAAAAAUAUGGAUGGUAAAAUAAUUGAAUGUAAAUUUGACAAUGGAAAUUGGAAAUUCAUGCGAGAACGUACAGACAAAUCAUUUCCAAAUGCUUUUAAAACAGCUAUAGCUAUUUGUCAUAGCAUUGAACAACCUGUAACUAAGGAAAUUCUUUUGAAGUGUAUACAACGUGUGCCUCACCAUUAAAAGUGAUCUAAUUUUUUUUUUUUUUUGACAGUAAUUUUUUAAGACUGUAAAAUAAGUUCUGUCGUGUUAAACUUAUUUGUAUAUAUUUUUCCUUUAUAUUAAUUAUUGUUGUAUGUUUUAU